AUGGCUAAGGUUGAGACAGGCAGUGUGUUGAACUGCUGUGAAGGGGAUAUUCUCCUCCUGCUGGAUUCUUCAGGAAGUUUAGCACACUACGAAUUCUCACACCUGCUGCGUUUCACUGCCGACCUGCUUCGGCCCUUCUCAUUGGGUCCUGGACAUGUGAAAGUCGGGCUGCUGCAAGUGGGCACAAGCCCAAAACUGGUGUUCGACCUGAACGCCCACGACAGUCAGGAAAGUCUGCAGAAGGCCCUGGAACAUGUCCACCAUCUGCAGGGAGACACCAACAAUGUGGCAGCACUCAGGGUGGCCCAGCGGCUCCUGACAGAGACAGAGGAGAGCCUGCCAAAGAUACUGCUGUGGCUGACUGAUGGAGCGCAGCCUGGAGACGUGGUCGAGCCUAUGACGGAGCUGAAGGAGAGGGGAGUUUCUGUGCUGAUCGUGUCCACAGUACAUGGCAACUACCAGGUGUUAAAGCAUGCAGUGACACCUCCUCUGGAGUCCCACCUGUACUUUGUGGACUUCGACAACAUCAACAUCAUCACAGAAGAUCUGAGGAAGGCCAUCAUCAAAAUCAUUCGCGCAGAACGACUGCAUGUGGUUCACUUGACCUCCCACAGUGCUGUGCUGCAGUGGCGUCCCAUUCUGACAGCAGACGGAGGUCAUUAUGAGCUCUGGUAUAACUCAACGUUGGAAACGGACCCCGAGACCAGACGUACCAUCUCAGGUGCCUCCAGCCGGGUGGAGCUGACAAACCUCCAGCCUGAUACCACCUACACAGCGUCCCUCCGACCAGAGUCCAAUCAGAGGCUGUUUGACACACUCUCUGUGACCUUCAACACACUUCCUGAUGUUUUAAGCCCGUCAGUGGUCUCCGUGUCAGACUCCAGCCCUCAUCAGAUCCGCGUGAGCUGGGGACCUCUGCAGCCGGCCCGCGUCCAAAGAUACACGGUGGAGUACGGAGCUAUUCCGAGUGGUCAAGUCCAGACUGUGACGUUUCAUAGCCAGAAGAAUUCUACUUUACUCACAGGCCUGGACCAGGGCACUCAAUACCUGGUAACAGUCAGCGCUCUGCAUGUGGAUGGAAAAGAAAGAGCCAUGUCAGUGAGGGCAUGCACACAGGAGGCAGCUCCGCCUGCUCUGGCCGACCUACAGCUGACCCCUGUGCAGUCUCAGGAGGUGCAGGUAGAGUGGAAGGCCCAUCAGGAAGGCUUGAAAGGCUACUGGCUCAAGUGGGAGAGAAAAAACUCCCAGGUGUCCUCCGUCUCCUCCGUCUACCUGUCUCCCAGCUCUAGUUCCACGCGGCUCACCCACCUUUCCCCGGGCAGCCAAGUGUGUGUGUCUCCGGUCUACAGCUCGGGCCUGGGUGACGGGUUGUGCUGCACUGCACUGCACACAGGUUAA